AAUAUACAAAAAUUUAUUUAUAUAUUUCAUUCAAUUUUAUGAGAACAGGUUUAUUACCAUAUUUUUUCCUAUUUCCUAAAAAAAAUAUUUUAUAUAUAUAUAUGUAUACAAUAUAUAUAUAUAUAUACACAUCAUCUGCCCCUUAAAUAUUUUUUUAAGAAAAAUAAUAAUCUAAUUUAAAUAAAUAAAUAAACAAUGGUUGAUAGUGGGAAGUGGAUCGAUGAUGUAGUCAAAACGCAUUACAUCAGCUUAAUUCCCUUUGAAGAAUUUGUUGUUAAUAACUUUGAAAGUGAUGAUAAUAAUAAAAUUAGUUAUUGGAAAGAAACUGGAAAAAGAGUUUUAUUUAAAAUUAUUAAUGAUAAUAUAUCCAUUGAUAAUAAGAUGGAAAAAUCAUUCCUUCUUGAGUUAAAAUUACAUCAAAGAAGGGACUUUAAUGAACGAAUAAUUCAAAUAUUUGGGGUAUCUCAAAAUCCAACGACGAAUUCUUGUUUUUUAGUGGUACAAUAUGCAGAUGGAGGAAAUUUACGGCAUAUUUUAGAAAAUACUAUAUUAUCGUGGGUCGAUAAACUUAAUUUAGCUCAUCAAAUAGCUGAGGGAUUGAAUUUUCUUCAUUCAAAUGGAAUAAUACAUGAAAAUCUGUAUCCCUGGAACGUAUUGUUUCACCAAAAUCGUGCAAAAUUAACAAAUUUCGGUAUAUCAGAACAUUUGGUGAUUCACAACUCUUCAUCUUACGAUGAUUUCUCGAUUAAAGAUAUACCGUAUAUUGAACCACAAUUAUUACAGGAUGAAAAUUAUCAAAAAAACACGCGUUCUGAUAUUUAUAGUUUCGGAGUAAUAUUGUGGGAAAUAUCAAGUGGAAACCCUCCUUAUAACAGCAACAAUAAAGACUUGGACAAAAAUGAUUUAAUAUCAAAUAUAUUAAAAAAUAAACGAGAAAAAAUUAUAUCGGAAACACCAAAGACUUAUAGCGAUUUGUACAUUGAGUGUUGGAAUAAUGUCCCUAAUAAGAGGCCAGCGAUUGGAAUAAUAUUAAAUAAAUUGGAUAAUCUGUUAAAUGUUAUGAAAUCAGAACAAGAUAAAGAAUUUAGAGAAUUGGAAAUCGACGCAAUGACAGCAGAAUUAUGGCUAGAGAAGAAAGAUAUUAUUAUUCCAACAGAAAUUAAAACAAAAAGUAUUAACUUAUAAUUAAAAUUAUCUUGAUGAUUUUGAUAAUUUAUUAACUUUUAAAUUCACUUUAGAAGAUAAUAAUAAUAAUAAUAAAGAAACAGUACUAGAAAGUCCAAUUGAAAAGAAAGAUGAAAAAGGAGAAAAGGAAAAAGAAAAAGAAAAAGUAGAAAAAGAAAGAAUUAGAGA